AUCGAUAGUUCCUAGAAUGCAAGCAUCUCUAACCGCUCGAGUGGCGAAAGUACAAUUUUGGUUGUUUUUUUAUUUCUUAGCAUAAACAAACCGGACAAAGACUGAUCUUAUGGAGAAAGUGGAGGCGGUGACGGUGCCCAAUGUGGAUGCGUAUCGGCGACUGCUGAACAAGGCGGUGUCCCAGUUGCUGGUGGACAAGGGCGCUGGCCAGGCGAGUAACCAGUGUCUGGAGACGCUCACCCAGAUGCUGCAGGCCCUGAUCGGCGAGAUUGGGAAUUCCGCGCACAACUACUGCGAACUGAGCGGACGCACAAUGCCCACCGUGGGCGAUGUCAGCCUGGCCCUGAUCAACAUGGGCAUCACGAUCGCCAGUCUUGAUCCGUAUAUGCGCAAGGAAACGCAUGUGGGCAUUCCCCUGCCGCCGCAGCAGACGCAACAGCGUCAACUGAGCCUGCUCCAGGCGGGCAGCAAGUCCUCGCAUCCCCACUAUGUGCCCAGCUAUUUCCCGGCCAUGCCCGAUCCGCACGCCUACAUACGGACCCCCACGCAUAAGCAGCCGGUUACGGAGUACGAGGCCAUAAGGGAGAAGGCCGCCUGCCAGAAGCGGGACAUCGAAAAGGCACUCACUAAGUUCCUCUGCAAGACUACAGAGACGAACAACCUCUUCCCCACCGAAGAUAACAUGUUUCCCUUAAUUGCCUGCAAGGCUGCCUUUCCUCCGUAUGCAGCUGCCUUGAACCCCACGGAUCAGGUGUUUGACUUCGAGGAGCUGGAGUAUCACUAUUUGGUGGCCAAUCGCACAGAAGAUGUCCCCAGCAAAGAGGACGGCGAAGAGGGUGACAGCGAGAACGAGGAGAUGGAUGGCGACAAGUCCAAGGAGGAGAAGCCCGAGCUGGAGAUCAAGCCCAAUUCCACCACUAACAAGGCUAUUUUGGAGAACCCAAACAUAGAUAAUCCUUAUUUACGUGCCGCUACCCUGCCGAAGCGCUCCAAGACUGGCCCGACACCAGGAAUUAUGCCCAGCCGCAGUCUGGCAACCACAGCACCAACGAUACCCACGCCCUCCACCCUAGAGAUAACCAAAAGUAGCAUUUAAGUGUGCGGUUUUAAAUAUUGAUAGACAAUUUAUACACUCCGGUUUUAUAUAAAUUCUAAGUUACAAACUGACCGUUGAGGUGAGUUUUCAAGUCAA